AUGAUGAAAAAAUUAAUACUUUUUGUACUUUUCCAAGUUUAUAUAAUUUGUAUCAAAAAUGUGAAAUCAGUUCAUCAUAAAAAAUUUUUUACCAUAAACCAUGUUAAUGUACCCAUAAAAGUGAAUACAAAUCAACAUAGAAAGUUAGGUUAUAUAGAUUUGAAAAGAAAGAAUAAUGACGAAAGAAAACGAAAUCCAUUUGAUGCUAAGUUAUCUAAUCAGAAAUGUCCUUUAAGGAAAGUUACGUUUAAAGGUUUAAUGAAAGCUACGGGUAUUUCUAUACCCCUUCUUUUUGGUAGUUUAAUGUUAUAUAAUAAAAUAAUAAAUGAUAAUAGUAAUUUAAGUGCACCCGAAAAAGUGAUGGGAAGAUAUUUAUAUAAACAUAAUAAUAAAUUAUUAUUAAGUAAUGUUUUAGAUAAUGAAAGAUCACAUAAUAUUUUUUAUUAUAUUAUAAAUAAUAUAUUUAAUAAUAUAAGAAUGUUUAUAAAUUUUUAUUUGAAUAUAAAAAAAGUUAAAUCUAAAGAUAUUUUGAAAGAAUAUACUAUAUUAUUUUUUCAUUCAUAUAAUGUAGAUAGAUUUUUACAAUCAAGAAAUAUCAAAACAUAUUCAGAAAGACUUAAAGAAAUGUACAAACAAAUUAAUAAAGAUAAUAAUGUGAAUGUUAUAUAUAUACCAUUAGAUAAUAAAUUAAUGUUUAAUAUUAAACAUUUUAGUAACAUGAAUAAUUGGUACAGUGUUUUAUUUCAUGAUAAAGAACAUAUAUUAAAAUUAAUUAAGAAAUAUAAUAUUAUGAAUAUACCUACUAUGGUUUUAUUAGAUCGUAAUAUGAAUAUUAUUAAUGAUAAUAUUAAUUAUUUAUUAUUAUAUGAUAAUCAAGGUUUUCCAUAUAAACAUAUUAAUAAUUUUACAUAUAUUAAACAUGUUUAUGAUAAAAACAAUAAUCAAUAUAACUUGAAAAAUCUAAAUUCAGAUUAUAUCUUCUUCUAUUUUAAUAAUAGUAAGGAUAACAAACAGGAUAUACAGACUUUGUUAAAAAUUAAAAAGAAGUUAGCACAAAAAAAUAUCAAACUCGAUAUUAUUUUUAUACGAGAUAUAGAAAGAAAAAUUACACAAAAUGAAAAAAGUGAAAAAAAUGAAAAGAAUGAAAACAAUAUGUUAGACACAACAAACCAAAAAGAUCAAGAAGGUAUUAGCAAAAAUAAUAAUAAAUUGAAAGUUGAUGAGAAAGAUAAAAACAAACUAAGAAUCAAUGAUAAUAACAAUAAUAAUAAUAAUAAUAAUAAUAAUAAUAAUAAUAAUAAUAAGCAUGGUGUAGAUAAUAAUGAUACUAUGCAUAACAAUCAAAAUAACAAUAUGCCCAUGGAAGAUUAUCUAGAUGAUGUUUAUUAUCUAGGUAAUUUAGAAAACAAUGUUAUAUACAAAUUAUUAUUAUAUGACAUAUUUGAUGUUACUUUUAAACCUAUUAGUAUCUUAGUCAAUAAAAAAGGAAACUUAUUAAACAAAUAUAUUAAUGUUAGUAAAAAGGAAAAUGAAAUAACCACAUUUAUUUUAAGUAAUCAUAAAAGUUUAAAUGAAAAAGUUAAUGAGAAAAAUUAUUUGUUCAAAUAUAAUAAUAUUAGUAGCAUGAAUAAUUUAAAUGCAUUUUCACCAAUAUUUAUUUUAUUUAGUGAUAAAUUAGAUUUAGAUUUAUUAAAACAAUAUAAUGAAUUAAUUGAAGAAUAUAAUAAAAAUAGAAAAGGAAAAAAAAUUAAUUUCUAUUUCUUACCAAACCAGGAAAAAAAAUAUGAUCCUUUAAAAAAAUUAUGUUCAAUUAAUAAUACAACCGAAAUAGUUAUAUUAGAUUUAUUUAAUCAAAAAUUAUACAAAGAAAAUGGAAAUAAUAUUAAUAUUAUAAAGAAAUUAGAGAAUGGAAAAUAUAUUAUUGAUAAAGAAAAAUUUUUCAAUUUUUUAAAUAAAUAUUAUGAUGAUGAAUUAUAUGCUUCUACGAUUAUCUUAACAAAAGAAUCAACAUCUUAA